UCGCUCGCUCCCUCUUCGCUCCCUCACCCACUAUGUAGUAGGGACUUCUACCUCAGACUUCCCCACUUUUUUUACCUGUACAACUUUUCAUCUCGUGUUCAGUGGUAGAAGCUUCGGAUCGGGAACGGCGGCAGCAAUCGUCAGAAUGGGCUUUCCUCCUUUUCCCAAGCUGUCUGCUGGCAAUCUCCUCCCACUCAUUCAGGCAGGACACGUGGCAUCCAUCUGGCACGAUGUGCUGCUCGCGCCGCCGCAAAUGGCGCAACUAUCCUCUUCCCCCGGCUCCCGCUCGUCCCCGUCAUUAGCAGCUCCUAACGAGCUCUUGUUCCCAACACCGGUUGUACAAACCAGGAGCGACGAUUUUGGCGGGAGCAACUGUAGUAGAGACCAGGAUGGGGCUCUCGUCCGUACGAGCGACGAUUACGUGUCGCUCUCCGCGGUCACCUUCGUGUGCACCUCCUCGAAAUCCGACAGCGCGAAUCACGCCGCUAGUCACGGCGGACGCCACCACCCUCAGAGCGCCCGGGCACAGCGAAGAAGCAACGCUGGCCAUAUCGCCCGUUGCAACAGCGAAGCGCUAGAUUCCACCUCUUGCGACGCGGCGCUUUCCCCCGGCUCGCGGCUUCUUCCCGCCAGUGUCAGGGCUCGCGAGCGGCUCGGCCUAGAUGGCUCCCUGCGGCCCGACGACCCCAAGCCGCGUCCCUGGAAUCUGGGGAUCGUGCCUCAGACGUGCAUCCUCUCCCCCGUUGCCGCUCAGCCGUCAGCUGUCGCGACGGACGACAGCGUCUCACCGUCAUCCCCGUUAGUAGCAGCCCCGGGUUCGCCGGGCGAGUCGGCGGCGUUCCCCAUGAUUUUCGACAACGCGCCGAUUGAGGCGGUCGAGAUCGGUGCGCGGGAGCGCGGACCGGGGGAAGCGUUUCCGGUGCUGCCGUUACUCGCGUUGCCGGUGCGCCUUCACACCGCGACGCGCUCGGAAGUUUCGUGGAAGCUGGUGGUCAUCGCGAUCGACGACCCGCUGGUCGCCGCGCGCCGGAUGGACGUCGUUUCGAGGAAGCUUCUACCGAUGGUGCGGAGGUGGGUCCGCGCGUCGGGCUUCGCGUCACCGCCUCGUGGACAAACGGAAUCGUCCGGGGAGGUUUCGCCGCCUUCGCCUUCCAGCCCGUCGCGAGGCGCUCUCUCCUCCCCCCACGAGGCGUGCUCGUGGGACGAAGCUGCUCGGAAGGCGCGCGCCGUGAUCACCGAGGCGCACUACACGUGGAAGGUCCUCGGAAGCGCGCUCCGCCGGCCGACGCUGCAGCGGAGGGGCCACGUGCACGCGCACGCGCUGCGCGCGUGGCAGGAGCGGGAUAAGAUCCUCGACAGCUUCAGCAACGCGACGCACAGUAACGAAUCAGCUGAUAUCGGAUCAAGCUGGGUGAAAGGCAGCAGCAGCAAGCGUAGGGCUGGUCUACUUAGCUCUAGGAUUAGUUUAAAAAGUGGUAGGAUCGGCUCUGGCUUCGGCGGCAGUUAUUCCGACACAGAAGAGGAAGAUUCUGAGGCGCCUCGAAAGGGCGACGCGGAAAGCGGUCACUCGGUGUGGCUACUCAUCGCUGCUAGUAAUACUAGGUCUCGCGCGGCGCGCUCGCCGCCCGUUUGUUCCGCCGCGAUUUCCGCCGCGCCAAUCAGCGAAACCGCCGCGAAUAAAGGCCGGCUCGAGGCCGCUGCAGCAGCAGCUGUGGCUCGCGUGAGUGCGUCCGCCGGGGCUUCUGCCGUGAAUGCUUCUGCCGGCGCCGCUGCUGGCGGUAGCGCGGAUGCCAAUCCCGCUGCUUCCGCGAGUGCGGAACGGAGCGGAGCCGUCGGCAGCAGCAGUACCGCGUGCAGCAGCAGCGGCAGUUUCCGCAGCAGCGGCAGCAUUAGUAGCAGCUGGCGCAACAAUAGCAACACCAGCGGCAGCACUAGUAGCAGCUGGCGUAACGGUUGGAGCGACGCUCCGAGCAGCAGUACCGGCGAGCCUUCCCCCUGCCCCUCCCCGCGCUCCUCGUUCUUCCCCUUUCCGUCCCCGCACCCGGGCUCGCGAACUUCCGCGACCGCGAGCUCCGCCAGCGUCGGGCGCGCGAGCUCCCGCGCCGACGAUUCGUCCACAUCAGCAGCCGCCGCGGCGCUGCUAAACGAGAUCUUGGACGCGCCGCUCCCCAUGUUUUUGGAGUUGCAGCGAAGCGCUACUAUCGGGUCUUACAGUGUACAAAAUCGCAGUGCUAAAAUAAACGGCAGCGGUAGCGGCCGUAGCGGCGGUAACAGCAGCGGUAGGUGGGGGGGGGAGCAGAAGAGAAACGGCGGCGAGGGGAGGAGCGGGAGUAGCGGGAACGGUGGUGGGGUGGGUGGUCGGUGUGACAAUAACGCAGGAAAUCCUGCCUUACGCAGCGGCUGUGAGAGUCCCAGUGAUGCGGUUGGUGACAAUACCGAGGGCGAGUGCAGCCCUGGGCUGGUGAGAAGGCACACCGCUACAGCCAUAAACCGAGGCAACUACAGUGAAGUAAAUUCUGGCUAUGCGAACAGUAAGUUCUCAAAAAAUGGAAACUCGGGAGAAAGGAAUCUUUGCGAGAAAAGCAAGGGAGACAGGACGAAAAAUGCCAAGAGCAGUGGCAUUAUAAAGAGUAGCUCAUUGCUGGAACCACCACACAGCAGCGAUAAUACAUUUAAAGAAAAUAGCUGCAGGGUUGACACGAAGAACAUUAGCAGCAGCAGAAGUAUUGGUGGCAUGGACGCGCAUAGGGGAACUGGGAGGGCGUUGUGGAUCGAGGGGAGCGGGAGGAUCCGAACCUUCGUGCGCUUGCUUCCCCGCUUGAAACUUCAGGUGCCAGCCGGAAAGCCAGACGAGGGGGAGGAAGUGGAAGAGGAGGAGGGAGUGGAAGAGAAGGAGGGAGUGGAAGAGAAGGAGGGAGUGGAAAAGGAGGAGGGAGUGGAAGAGAAGGAGGGAGUGGAAAAGGAGGAGGGAGUGGAAGAGAAGGAGGGAGUGGAAAAGGAGGAGGGAGUGGAAGAGAAGGAGGGAGUGGAAAAGGAGGAGGGAGUGGAGGAGAACGAAAGGCUUGUGCAUGGAAAGAAAGCAGGAGUAGGGCACAAGUAUAUAGAUGGGGAGGAGGAGAAGGAAGAGGACCGUGAGGAGGAGGAAGAGGAGGAACUGGCAGAGAGGGAGGAGGAAGAGGAGGAGGGGAAUGAGGGUGGUGGAAAUGGUGGCAGCAGCAGCAGCAGCAGCAGCAGUCCGUUGCCCAUCUUUUCAGCACCCACAGAUCCCAUGCCAAAUGUCACUUCGAGCGACACUACGGCCACCAGCAGCAGCAGCAGCAGCACCAGCAGCAGCACCAAAGUGAGCGGCACCAGCGUCACAGGCGGCGCCGGCAAGAAGAGCUACCGUUACAGCAUCAUCAUUCCGUCAAGAUUCUCCAAAAGCGCUGACCUCGGGCUGAGCAGCUGCCGGGAGACCAGCACGCCAGGCGAGGCUCAGACAGGGAAGAACAGCAGCAGCAGCAGCAGCAGCAGCAGCAGCAGAAACAGAAGCAGGGAUGACUCUAGCAUCAAGUGGCCUCUCACGCCCCAGAGUGCCGUUGAGGCGUCUACUAAAUGGCCUCGCACGCCCCAGUGCGCCGUUGAGUCGCCGCGCAGAAAGGCAGCAGGGGACCCCUGGUGGAGGGGCGCCUUGAUGACUCCUAGGGGUUUCCGCAGCACAGCCAAUGGCGGCAUGUGGGGAUCAGCGACAGCAGCAGCAGCAGCAGCACCAGCAGCACCAGCAGCAGCAGGUGGAGGAGGAGGAGGAGGAGCGGAGGGAACUGCAGCAGGAGAAGGAGGAGCAGGAGAGCGGCAAAUUCCCAGCCAUUCAGACAGCUCUGAGGCACGGACAGGGGGAGGAAGGAAGGAAGCAGACAGUAUGGAAGGCUCAGAGGGAGUGAGGAAGGGAUCUUCUCGGGAGUUUUCUGGAGUCAGGGGGUGCUUGUCUCGGGAUGGGUGGGGGUCCAGCCGUGACCUGCCUGUGCAGGAACGGACCAGGCCACAACCCUGUGCCGAGCCUCAUGCCGAGCCUCACGCCAAGCUUCGUGCCGAACCAAGUUUUAAAUGUCUGAGUGAGGUAGGGACGAUGGCAGGCUCGGGGUCACGCAACGGACCUGGCAAGGUCAAUCCACCGAUACCUUUUCUGCCCGGAAAUGCCGAGGUCUCAGACACAGAUGCAGUUACCGAAGAGGCUUGUAAGGAGGACAGGAGAGUCACAGCCAGGGAACUCCUGAUGGAUGCGUUGAAGGAAGCCCAUGUGGACCCUGCUGACGCGUACUCUGCAGCACUCUCCGCAGUGGCUGCUGCUGUUUCAGCUGCCACUGCUGCUGCUGCCGCCGCCGCUGCUGCUGCAGCAGCGGCAGUGAGUUACGCGAGGCCGCAGGAGGCUGCAGCAGCGGCUGCUGCUGCAUCCGCUGCUGCCUCGGCUGCUGCUGAUGCUGCUGCUGCUGCUGCUCUGGUCGCUCCCAGGGAGUCCGUUGCUCGGGCUGUUGCUGCCGCUGCUGCUAACUUGUUGGACCCCUGUAAUGUCCCGUCUGGUAAUGGCCCUUCUGGUGAUGCCUCUGGUUCUGGUACCUGCUCAUGUCAGCAGCAGAAGGAACAUGGAAUUGAUGGCAAGGACAGCAGCAAAGGGGGCAGCACGAGCAGCAGCAAGGGCAGCAGCAAGAGUGACAGCAAGGCAAAAGCUAAGAGCAGCAGCAAGGGUGGCAGCAAGAACAGCAGCAGCAGCAAGAGCACGAGCAAGCAGGCCCAGCCGCACAGCAUCGUAGGGAAGAAGAUCCGACCGUCGGUCAGCUUGCCGUCCGCUAAGAGCUUCACCGUCAUUGCUGCUAAGGACGCCCCCUGGCGCCUAGCAACCGCUGCAGCACACCCAGCCGGCCCAGCAUGCCCUGCCUCUGAAACGCGCUCCCCUGUCCUCACUCACCCCAGCAGCAGCAUUCCCUCUCCCCGCAGACGCUCCUCCCUUCCCUCGCCCUCUAAGGGCUCCUCCCUUCCCUCUCCCAGUCCUCGGCCUCGCGCUAUGCCCCGCUCCUCCCACUCAUCCCACUCAUCCCACUCAUCCCACUCAUCUCACUCAUCUCACUCCUCCCUCUCAUUCCACCCCAUGCUCAAACCCUCAGUUGGUGGGGGUGCCUUCUCAACCCCCCGCCCUGGCCGCUUUUUGAUCAAGUCCUCCUCUAGUGGAAACAUCUCACUGCUACCCCCUACCAGCCAUGUCGCCGUGCCACCCAGCCCUGGCCGUCCACCUUAUCAGCAGACUCGCAGGAACGCCACAUUCUCUGUACCUAGCAGCCCCCUAGCAGCAUCCCAGUAUCAAAACGGCCAGAAAGGAGUGUUGGUUACAGAGGUACAGUGGGGUCGUUGGGGCCGUGCACACUCGGAUGUGCCUGUCGCUACGGCUGUAGCUGCUACAGAUGCAGGGAUGCAAGGAGGUUUGUUGGAGUGGAAUGAUUUGCGAAGCAGCCACAAGUCCCUCCGGGGUGAGAGUGGGUUGGAGAGAGAAUGGAGGGGGGAUGACUCGCAUGGAAUAGAGAUUCCUGUAUAUACAGAUGAGCCGCUGCCUCCCAACCCCAACCCGUACGAUCAACGGUCAUCUCCUCUGGUGCGGCUCCUGCCUCUAGGGUCUGGGAAAGUGCAGCAGGAGGAGGUGGUUACGGAAGGGGAGACGAAGCGGCAGCUGAUGGAGGAAAGGGUGGGAAGCACAGCUUGGGAUGGUGAUGCGGAACCAUCCAGGCAUAGGUGCUUAGAUGAUGUAGAAGUAGAAGGGUCUUAUAUAAGACGUUUGACUACUUGAUACUAUGUCACUUACAAUGUGAUAGCUGUACACAUCUAUCU